AUGGCAGCCAAUCCCGUCAAUCAGAAUGGUCUUUUUGUACAUGAAAAUACCAGCGCCCCUGAGCAUCCCAGCUUGAUGCAGAUGUUCUCCCUCAAGGGCAAAACUGCUAUCGUUACGGGUGCUGGUGCUGGUAUUGGCCUCGCCGUGGCUCAAGGUCUGGCCGAAGCAGGCGCCAACGUUGCUAUGUGGUGGGGUGGCAAUGCUAAGUGCCUUGAACGGGCGGCUGAGAUUUCCUCGAAGUACGGUGUACAAACUAAGGCUUACCAGGUCGACAUCACCAAUGCUAAGGCUGUCCAGGAGGCCGUUGAUCAGACUGUGAAGGACUUCAAUGGCCGUCUAGACGUCUUCAUUGCCAAUGCUGGUAUCCCAUGGACCAAGGGACCAAUGGUCGAUGGUCCCCUCGAUCACUACUCCAGUGUGGUCGACAUUGAUCUGAACGGUACCUUCUAUUGCGCCAGAGCUGCCGCCGGCCACUGGAGGAGGCAAAAGGAGGAAGGAACCGACAUCAAUGGGAACAAGCUUUCCAACUUCACAUAUGGCAGCUUCGUGGCAACCGCGUCUAUGAGCGGUCACAUCGUGAACGUCCCCCAGAUGCAGGCUGCUUACAAUGCUGCCAAGGCGGGUGUGAUUCACCUUUGCAAAUCUCUUGCUGUCGAGUGGGUCAAGUUCGCUCGUGCCAACACCGUUUCCCCUGGUUAUAUCGCUACGGAGAUCUCCAGCUUCGUACCUGCGGAGACCAAGAGUAUCUGGAAAGAUAAGAUCCCCAUGGGCCGUGAAGGCCGUGCAGAAGAAUUGAAGGGUGCCUACCUCUACCUAGCUUCGGAUGCGUCCAGUUACACCACUGGUGCAGACCUCGUGGUCGAUGGCGGCUACUGUGCACCAUAA